AUCGUUGUUUCAUCCUAUACGGCAAGGCCAGCCGAUCCGAAAGCUUAGCUAUCUGGCCGUAGCUCCCUACCAUUCAGUCUUGUGAGAGACUGACGUCGUUGUUAUCGCCAGCGUAACGGCGAGGUUACCUUCAUCAUGGAGCAGACCAAGGCUUUAAACGCUCUAGAGCCUUAUCUAGCUCUCACCAAGUCCGCAGCCGCACCCCGAGCAGCAGCCGAUCUAGUCACCCAAGCCACAUCCAACCCAAACACCUACGUCUUCGCCGAGCUACUCCAAGCGCCUCAGAUCCAGUCCCUCAGCCAGUCCCCAGAGUACGCACCGUACCUCUCGCUCCUCGAGAUAUUCUCCUUCGGCACAUUCUCCGGCUACACGCAGCUCGCCGGAAAACUCCCCCAACUCAACGAUGCCCAAACCCUCAAGCUACGACAACUCUCCCUCCUAACCCUCGCCCGCGACCCUCACAACCUAAGCUACGCAACCCUACAACAAAGCCUCGGGCUUCCCGACUCCCGCGCCGUCGAGUACCUAGUAAUCUCCGCGAUCUACGCAGGUCUCAUCGAAGCGCAGCUCGACCCGCGACACCAGACCGUGCACGUAUCCAGCGUCUCCCCGCUACGGGAUCUAGCGCCCAACUCGCUCCCGUCUAUGCUCACGGCCCUAGUCACGUGGUCCGAUAGAUGCACGUCCACGCUCGCCGACCUAGAAGCCCAAGUCGCGCAGAUCAAAUACGAGGCCAAGAAGCGACAUGACGAGAAGACGGCUUGGGAGACGCGCGAGGCGAAACUUAUCGAGGAGCAGCGUAAAGCAGACUUGGUGUCUCCCCCGCAAGGAGGCGCACACGGCCGCGGACAAGGCCGGUAUCUAGAUUCCGCAGUGGCGCGACUACGUGGUGGCCAGCGCAACGGCAAGCGUGGAAGUGGUAGCCUAGAUGGGGCGCAUGAUUCGGACGAGGCCAUGGAUCUAGAUGAGGAGGAACCUGAUGAAGGAGAAAUCGUCGGCGCAGGAGCGAGUGCGUCAAGUGCUGGGAAGAAGCAGCGGGCGAGUCGUCGAAGAAUUUAGGAGGGUUACGGGAGGGUUAACGAUUGAUACUCAUGGGAUAUUAGUUACGAGUUGAUGAGUAGUGGCGUACGCUUUUUGACGAACGCUAGGUUCUAGCUACGACUAGGGGAUUCUCCUUAAUGGGGCUGACUGGACUUGCAGAAGAGAAGUCUCACGAUGUCACGGGCCAAAGAAAAGUAAAAAGAAUAUCAUAUAGAUCAUGGUAGUGCCGGUAACAGACGAACUACUCGUGCCAAAAAAGGGAUACCAGAAUAAACCAAGCUUACGAACUAUGUUUGUGACAACUA